AUGUGCGCCUCGAAAGACAAAAGCCCAAGCCCAAGCCAGGGCCAGCCAAGCCUGCAGAGCCCGGCUUCUAUACCCGAUUUACUGGUACCAAGCUUUGGCGGGUUGCCAUCAGACAGCCAACCAGAAGCUUGGACUAUACCAUGGGGACAGCCAAUGAGACAGAGUGAACAUGUUUCUGCUGCACCGUCCAGUACACGCCCUUCAAACCCACUAUCCGCCAAGGAUGCCGAACUUGACUUUUCAAACCUCGAGCUUUUCUGUCCGAUCAAUGCCGACGAGAUUACGACUCGCUGGAUGAACCCUUGGAUUCCAGUUCCUGGACAGACAAUCAAACAGUAUCCUCCGGGUGUCUCCAAUUUUGUUUCCCGAAUAUUGAAGUCCUACGCAGCCAUUGCAGCUCGUGGCCGUGGAACUCUACCGUUCAUCCAUCCCUCCCAAAUAUUGGAACAAGAGACUGGUAGCCCUUUGACAACAUGCUUAAGUUUGAUUCGAUUAUGCGAAAGCCCUUUACCGGGAAACGAAAGUACUGCUUUUAUGGUUUUCCAAAGGGAGAUGGACAACAUCAUGGAAUACCAUGAGAGCUAUAAUGCACUUGAGCUUCUCGGUGCUUUUCAAGCAUUUCUCAUAUAUUUCCUGGCCCUGUUUUUCAAGCUUCCAGACCAAGGAACACAAAGUGACCUUCGCUCAAAUAUGAUGAACCUGCAGACUCUUGCCCACCGUUCGGCUAAACAGGGACUUAUGUGCGUGACUGAUCAAAAUCGCACACGUCCUAGAUGGGAGGAAUGGAUUAUCACCGAGACAAAACGGAGAACAUUAUACGUGAUGUAUCUCUUCGACAGUGUCCUCUCCACGCAGGAAGCCCUGCCAACUUUCCUCGCGACAGAACUACUUGGACUGCCUGCUUCUGCUAGCAAAUAUCUUUGGUACGCUCGAUCUCGCACUGAGUGGGAACAGGCAUACAACAUUCACCUCGCGGAAUGGGCAGAUAAAAGUCUUUCCAUUGAUGAGUUAUGGCCAGUUCCCGCUGAUAUGAACGAACCUGAUAUUGCAGAAAGAAGUAAAAGAGUGGAUGACUGGUUAGAAGAAAUCGAUGAGUUCGGGACCAUGCUUUACGCUGUGACAUCUUGCACCCAUGGGGGGUAA